UAAUGUCGAUAAAACAAUAUUUUUUCCUCUUUCCCCUCCCUAAUGUUUCAAGUAAAAAGUUUGGCCUUUGCGUUGUAUGGGUACUACAAGGCGGUGAAGGCCAACCAGAAGCGCUGUGGUCGGCUGGUAGAGAGAGUCAAGGUCAUAGAGGGGUUUGUGGAUGCCGUGAUGGAUACGAAUCUGGACAACCCCCUUGUAAGAAGUGCCCUGACGAAACUCAAGGAGAUCCUGACUACUGCAGUGGAGCUAGUGGAGGAACAUGGCAAACAAGACUGGUUGCUGCAGGCGAUGAAAGCCAACGGCGUGAAGAGUCAGUUUGAUGACCUGAACGACCGGCUGAGUGAAGUGUCGGGCCAGCUGUCUCUCUCCCUGCAGCUGGAGCAGCUGAAGCAGCUGGAGAAGCAACGUGAAGCGUUUGAAGCCAAGCGGAGGGAGGAAGAGGACCAGCGUGACGCAGCAGACGACCGGCUGGAGUGGCAAAGAGUACUAGAGGGGAUGAAUAUCAUCCAAAGAGGCGUGAACGACCUACAAAGUGGCCAGAACAACCUACAAAGUGGCCAGAUCAACCUACAAUGUGGCCAGAUCGACCUAAAAAGUGGCCAGAUCGAACUACAAAAUAGCGUGGACUACCUUACAAACAUCAUUCAGGGUAAGUGUCUAACCUACAGUGUUGCCUGCACUAGAGAUGUUAAAUGAAACCGUGCACAAUAUCCAGAGAGAUGUGAACGACCUACAAAGUGGCGUUUCUGACAUUAAAAACUUAAUAUAAUCAAAACAGGGUAAGUGUAUU